AAGAUUGACAGGUUCGGUAAACCAAAUAAGAGUAGUCAAGAGAAGAUAUUAUCAAUCAUCUCUUUCUGUUGCAUUUACUCAGUUGGGAUUUCAGACACUAUGCCAGGGUGAAGACACAUCCCUUGGGUAUAAUUGAUGAAAGUGAGGUUGUGCGCGCCGAGUUUCCAGUUGUUGUCGGAGUCCACACAUCCUGGAAGACACAUCCUGAAGUUUUUUCAGUGUUGAAUGAGAGUGCAGGAGGCGGCAGCUACGGAACGUCAAUGUACGUCUACUAAAGAAGAGCCAUGACAGCAGAGACGCUCAAUUGUGUCGCACGAAGAAGAGCAGCUGGUGAUCUGGGAGGUGUGAAGCUGCAAGGUGCCCCAUUAGGUGUCAUCAGCAGAAGAGAGGACUUCAGCCAACCUGAGGAGGUCAUGGGCAGUGGCAGCAGUUUCCAUGGCCGAGGUUUGUCCCCUCAGACAAAGUUGUGGCUUAGAAGAGCAGCGAUGCCUCAGCUGGAGCUGGAAGAGGAUGCCCUCUGCUUCCUUCCUUCUCUCCAGCCUAGGAACCAAGCCACCCGUGCCUGCCGCUCGAGAGGUGCUGGAGCUUUCUGCUGUUGUACCAGCACAGAUGGAGCUGAAAGUGGAGGCAGUCCGGAGCUCGACGAUGUGAGCAGUGAGCAGCACACCCACUCAAUAAAACAGCUUCUGAAGAACAUCAGCACCAACCCUGAGAGUCUGCAGGAGCUCAGCUGGAUGAAGGAUGAACUGAUUAGAUGUUGGUGGUCAAAGAUCCCUGUGAAUAUCUGGGUCAUCUUCUACCCUCGCAGCUGUGCAGAGCAGGCUGAGGAGCUGUCGCCACUUUCAACAAGGUGGCCAGGCCUGUUGGGAUGCGUCUGGAGCGGCCCAUUUGUGUGGAGCUUUGUGUGGGAAGCACCUUCAUCAUGACUCCCAUCGGCCAUUUGUUCCUUCUUGUCUGGAUGUCCUUCAUUAGUAUAACGUCGCCUUCCUUAAGGUUUGCUCUCUUGUGUCACCAUUUCUGCUGCAUCUGGAGUGCACUCAGGAUUUCCUUACGUCAUCUUGGCCAGAAUGUCUCUGCCAGGAACUGCACUCUCUUCCACUGGUGCUUGAAGAGGUCUUUGUUGGUCUAUUGAACUAGUCAUUAGGACUGUAAAUGUGUGGUCUAGUGACAGUACAGAGGAGCUGAGAAGAUGCAUUCUGUCUAUAGACUUGAACAUUGUCUUCCAGGAUAAAGAUAUUGACCUGGUCACAGACUCGAACUCUGUAUUUUUUCUGUGUGGAUCUAAUCAUACCUUAGAUACCUUACUGUUGAAAGACCAAACCCAAAUAAUAAACACUUUGUCACAAAAGAACUGAAGGAAUGUAUUCAUAGGAAGAAAAUGGCCUCCAGAUCAGGAGACACUGCAGAACAAGAUUUGUUUCAAUCUGAUACAAAGAAAUGCUGAGUUUCAGUUUGAGAGUGAAUUGUGG